AGAGCGGCGGCGGCGCCGGAGAAAAUGGCGGCGGCGGCGGGUUCGGGUUCAGGCACCGGGCGAGCGACGGCGCGGCCUCGGCCGGGAGCCGCCCGGUUCCGUGGCUGUUUGGCCGGGGCUUUGUUGGGUGAUUGCCUGGGCGCCGUCUUCGAAGGCAGGAGCGUGGUGAAGCUGCCCGACCUUCUACGCUUCCUCCGAGGCCUGGAACCGGCCUCCGAGCCGCCUGAAACGGCGGAACCGGCCGGUAGCGCCCGUAGAGAGACGCUUUCGUACACGGACGACACGGCCAUGAGCAGGUCGGUGGUGCAGUCCCUGCUAGCCAAGCGAGAGUUUGAUGAAGUUGAUAUGGCCAAGAGGUUUGCUGAGGAGUACAAGAAGGAACCCAACCGGGGCUAUGGGAUGGCCGUUGUCAAUGUCUUCAAGAAGCUCCUGAGCCCCAAGUGCAAUGAUGUGUUUGAACCAGCAAGAGCCCAGUUUAACGGGAAAGGCUCCUAUGGCAAUGGCGGUGCCAUGAGGGUGGCAGGCAUCUCACUGGUGUAUUCUGAUGUCCAGGAUGUUAAGAAGUUUGCAAAGCUGAGUGCUGAGUUAACCCAUGCCAACUCCUUGGGCUACAACGGGGCCAUCCUGCAGGCCCUGGCUGUGCAUCUGGCCCUGCAGGGAGAGCUCAGCAAGGAGACCUUCCUGGAGCAGCUCAUUAGCCACAUGGAAGACGUAGAGGCAGAUGAUAAGUCUCUUACUGAUGCCCGAGCGCUGGGAUUUGAAGAUUUACCGUUUUCGAGGCGUCUAAAGAAAAUAAAGGAAUUCUUGGAACUCAGCAGUGUUCCCAAAGCAGAUGUGUUGUUUGAACUAGGGAAUGGCAUUGCUGCUUUGCGGUCUGUCCCUACUGCAAUUUACUCCUUCUUGCGCUGUAUGGACGCUGACCCGGAUAUUCCUGAUCACUACAACAACCUGCAGAGGACCAUCAUCUACUGUAUCUCUCUGGGUGGAGACACAGAUACCAUUGCUACCAUGGCAGGAGCCAUUGCAGGGGCUUAUUAUGGGGAGGAGCAGAUACCCCCGAGUUGGGAGCAGAGCUGUGAAGCUUUUCAAGAGACACAGAAGCUGGCAAAUAGCUUGUAUGAACUCUACUGCCAGCGGCUCUGAGCUCCAAGGGGAGCGUGUUUUCUGAAGGCAACGCGGGUGGUCACCUCUGCGUUUCUGGUGAGAAAUCGUGGUGGAUCCACGCCAUCUGGAGACGCCAGCGAGGUACCAUCUGAGAAAGACGCCUGCUGCUGUGAGUUGAGAGCUGGAAGCAUGAGCCGGUUUGGAAGAGAAGGGGACAUGCCCUUCAGUUGGGGUUCAGCUGGGAAGUGGCUGCAUGUGGCGCCUUGGACAGUGGGUGCAUCUCCUCUGAAGUGUACAGGAGCAUGGAGUUUUUCAUAGGAUUUCUGCUUCUUGCUUUGUCCCACCCUGAUGCCAUUAUGUCAUUUUGUCAUUACAGUUGCUAGAUGGUGUCUGAAUACACUGACUUUCUUGCUGUUUUCCGCUACUCCAGUGUGCUGUGGCCUUUGUUUCAGUUGUUAGCGGCCUGUCCUGCAGUGGCUUUGACAGGCUCCACACCCCUCUCAAAGCACCGGUUCACACUCAGAUGAUCAGCUAAAGGGUGUAGACGGGGGUCAUCAGAGAGGCACGUCCCUGGGAGCCCAGAGGUGUCCUGCAUGGUGGCGGGGACCACCUCCUGUGCCGUGGAGUGAGGGUGCUGGAGCGCAGACCUCCCAGGGAGGUUCGCUUCCUUAAAGGCAGGGUGAAAAGCGCCCAAGAUGGGAGAAGGGAUUUCUUUGCGUUGCUAGUGGCAUUGUGAGAAAUGCCUUUGGUUCUUGCAGAUAGAAUCCCAGUUGGCUCGUUGUUACUGUCGGAGGGGACGUAACUAAUUACUGCUCCUUUGGGUGUCCCUUGCCCUGCGAUCCACCAUCCUCGUCUGUUGCAGUUUGCGUUUCCUUACGUAGCUGGCUACUCUACCUACUCCUUUGUUCCUAAGCCGUGCCGCCUGCGGUGUUAUUGCUGUCCUGUCUAUGUCCAGAGCACUGAGUGAGGUUGCUGUUUAAAUCUGUGGGUGGAGAUAGUUGUGAACCUGUGUUACGCAAGGAUCGAAUUCUGGGUUCUGCUGCAGUCAGUGACUAAAAUGACUUCAGCAGGAAGCAGGAGUUACUUCUCACAGUUUUAAAACUUUGUACUUGGUAAGAUUCAUGUGAAAAUAAAGGGAAAGGUAGGUUAAUUGGGGGAGAAUGUAUCAGAGUUUAAAACAAUUUGUGCAUUUGAAUCUGGUGCCGGUGGCUGAGAACAUUCUAGCGAAGCUGUGUUGUUCCGGAGUUUCAUGUUUAAAACCUUUGCCCAGUGGAGGUGGUCAAAAAGGGAGUAACAGCUUGGGUAUGGCAUGUCUAAAAGGGGUUUAAAGCUUUUUAAUAAUUGAAAACAAGAAGAAAGAGAGAGGCAAGCAGUCAUCAUAUGGAAAUGCUUAUAAAUUUGAAUGUGACAAUGUAAUUCUCUAUAAUCUCUCUAGUAUUUCUUAUGACACCGGGGAGUGACGGUUCUGCUCAGAGCUCACUCCCCGUUGGCAUCGGCACGUGGUGGUUGUGUGUGGGGCUGCACGCACACAGGGAGAAUCUGGCUGUGAUGGCUCCAGUUUCUCCCGAACUCGCCUUCCUUCAAGUGCCAGUCUUCUUUGUGAUGCUUUAACGGGUUUUCUUUGUAUAAAUGAAUAUCUUGUCCUGAGAACAUGUGGAAUUUUGGUCUAUCGUAUAUUUAUGUCUUGUGCUGCAGAUCCGAGAUGUAAAAUGUCAGGUUUUCCACAUUAUUCUGCCAGAGGUGUGAACAUGUUCACGGAAUUAUUUAAAAGAAGAUGCUUUCUUUUUAAAGCAGCUUUAUAACUUUAAAUGUGUGGAACUCAUGAAGAGCAGAAGUGCUCCUGUUUACAAAAUACAGCUCAUUUUAGGCCAGAAUUUAAAUGUGUACUAAAACAUUUAGCUCUGACUUCUUGGAAAGAAAUAAAAUCACUUAGCUAUCUUUGUUAAUGA